AUGCAUCAAGCAAUAACACAGACGGAUAAAAAGUUGACACCACUAAACCUUUCAGAAAAAUCUUUCGACCCUGAGGCAAAGAUAACCCCAAUGCAGGAUCUGGUUCGCCAAUGGAAAGCCAAACCACUACAUGGUCGGUAUAGGAGCCGCAUAGAAGACAACGCCAUUGACACGAAGGCUUCCCAAGGAUGGUUGCUGUCAGGUAAUCUGUUCCUGGAGACGGAGGGCUUCAUAGCCUCCAUCCAGGAUCAGCUUAUAGGAACAUCUGAGAAGAUCAUUGAUCUAUGUAAGCGAUUGAUUUCGCUUUGGAGUACUACCCUGUUAGUCAGUAAUAAUGGGGAAGAACUAGAGUUAGGACCCAUACAGAUAAAAAGAGGUAUAUAUCAAGGUGAUACCUUGUCACCUCUUCUGUUUGUGAUUGCGAUGGUUCCUUUAAGUACGCUGCUCAACGAGGCCAACCUAGGUUACCAACUUAAAGGAGCAAAUGAUUGUCUCUCCCAUUUGCUAUAUAUGGAUGACCUGAAGCUCAUAUCUCCCAGCCAAAACAAACUGAAAACGUCUCUCAAUAUUGUAAAAAAAUUUAGCGACGACAUACAGAUGAGCUUCGGUCUCGAUAAGUGCGCUGUAGGUCACAUUCAGGAGAGGAAUGCAUUAUGA